UUCAAAAUGGCGGCUCACAGUACGAAACCAGAUGACCAUCGUAAGAAGUGGGACAGAGAUGAGUAUGAACGAAUUGCAAAAGAACGUCUGGAAGCUGAAGAGAGGGAACUGGAAGAUAAUGAGAGUGGCAAAAAAGAACCUCCUGUCCGCCGAGAGUUUCUAAAGCAGCGUGAAUAUAAAGUAGACUUGGAAUCUAAGCUUGGCAAAUCACAAGUAAUAACAAAGACUACGCCAGCCUCACAGCAAGGUGGAUACUACUGCAAUGUAUGUGACUGUGUGGUUAAGGAUUCUAUUAAUUUCCUAGACCACAUCAAUGGAAAGAAACAUCAGCGGAACUUGGGAAUGUCAAUGAGAGUUGAAAGGUCAUCACUGGAUCAGGUUAAAAAACGAUUUGAACUUAAUAAGAAAAAGAUGGAAGAUAAGAAACAAGAAUAUGAUUUUGAACAAAGAAUGACUGAACUGCGAGAGGAAGAAGAAAAACAGAAAGCAUACAGGAAAGAUAAGAGGAAAGAAAGAAAAAGGAAAGCUGCCGAUGAUUUAGAUUUUGAAGUUGAUUCUGAUAUCUCUGCGAUGAUGGGUUUCUCAGGGUUCGGAGGGUCCAAAAAAUAAAACUCUUAUAUGUAAAUACAUUAAAGUUUAACAGCAUUUUACAAAAUACAAGUUUUUUGGUUGGAAGGGAAUCUUGAUGAAAAAAAACAAGUUUUUGUAUUUAUAUUUGUGUAGCUGUAAAACACAUGGUGCAUCAUUUUGUGUAUCAGAUCUAGCACUAAAAUUUGUUAGUCUUUAAUCCUCAUUCUGUGCCAACCCCAUGUACUUUUACAUUGACUUGACCAACGAACCAGCACUACCAUCAGGGUGCUAGCCAGCCACCAGUCCACCCACCAAACGGACUGGCAACUUGGAUUUUGGCCUAGCAACUUUUUCUCAUUUUACUGUUUUUUCCUAUUAUUCUUUUAUAAUUUUACCAAAAUAUAUCCAAAACCAUCUACAGUUUUCAUGAAUUUGUUUUAGACUGGCAGUUGCAAAUUGCUGGCUAAUAGUGUGACUACCAUGUAGGCUUUUUGUACAAUUUGGAUCAGAGACUCAACCAAGAAAGUAUGCAACUAAUUUCUAUUCUUCACACACAGUGUUUGGAAAAAUGGGCAGCUAAUGAAUCAUAGAGCAAAGUAGACUGCAAAUUGGCCUAAAGAAGCCUCUGGUCAUGUUUUGAAAAUGUUGGACAAAGUUGCAUUAUUAGCCAUAUAUAGUACAUGUAGCUACAGGAUAUAUAGAGAAUACUACCCGGUAGAUGUUAAUGAUGGACAGUUACAAAUAAGCUGUAUGUUAUACAUGUAACUACUGGACAUGUACAGAAUACUGUGUAAAUUAUUACACACAUAUAUACUGAUUUAUCACCAAUUUAUUAAAGUUUUUUUGUUUAGAUAA